UACAAGAAGGCAUAUGUAUAAUGUAGCCAGACUGUAUAGCGUGGUGUCCAGCGAUAGUGCAAGUACAUUAUAAAAUGGAUGCUACCAGCCAGCCGGGCCUUUUCAUUGGUGUCGACGUAGGCACAGGGAGCGUGCGAGCUGCGGUUGUCGAUGACAGCGGUGCUAUCCUAGCAACGACGAGCCGGCCAAUCAGAACCUGGCAGUCUGGAGGGGAUAUCUACGAGCAGUCGUCAGACAACAUCUGGGAAGAAUGUUGCCUGGCUGUCAAAGAAGCUAUGCAAGGACAAGACAGUGAGAAGGUUAGAGGCAUCGGCUUUGAUGCCACCUGUUCGCUUGUUGCCAUGGAUACCAACUUUCAACCAAUCACAGUCAGCUCCAGUGGUGACAACAACAGGAACAUUAUCUUAUGGAUGGACCAUAGGGCGCAUGAACAAGCCAACUUGAUCAACUCAACCAAUCAUGACGUCUUGCAGUAUGUCGGGGGGACUGUCUCACUUGAAAUGGAGCCGCCCAAGCUUCUCUGGCUGAAACAGAAUCUGAAAGCUGAAUGCUGGGACAAGGCCGGCCAUUUUUUUGACCUGCCUGACUUCUUGACAUGGAAGGCUACAGGAGCUCUAUCAAGGUCUCUGUGCUCUGUUGUGUGUAAGUGGACGUACCAAGCAGAUCGGACGGGACGAAAGGAAUGGAGCGACUCAUUCUGGGAACAAAUUGGCCUUGGGGAACUCAAAGAGAAUAAUUACGCUAAAAUAGGGAGUACAGUUCUGUCGCCAGGGGAACCCGUUGGUUCUGGACUGACCAAUCAGGCAGCUUCAGAGCUGGGUCUCAAGCCCGGCACGCCGGUGGGUGCUUCCAUUAUUGACGCCCAUGCAGGGGGGCUGGGUGUGGUGGGGGCUGACAUUUCUUCGCACAGUCUGGUGAAAGCCGGCAAGGAAGAUGCAAUCACCACACGGCUAGCUCUUAUUUGUGGAACGUCCUCAUGUCAUAUGGCGAUUAGUACCCAGCCAACCUUUGUGCCUGGUGUAUGGGGACCGUACUUCAGUGCCAUGGUACCAGGCUAUUGGCUGAAUGAAGGUGGCCAGAGUGCUUCUGGUAAGCUCAUAGAUCACGUGUUGGAGACUCACCCGGCAUACCGAAUGGCUCAAGAUGAAGCGGACAAGGGAGGAGUAACUGUCUACCAGUAUUUGCACAACCUAUUACAAACCAUGGCAGCAGCGCAGAAUCUAUCAUCCCCAGCGGAACUGACAAGAGAUUUCCACAUUUGGCCCGAUUUUCACGGCAACCGUUCACCAUUGGCAGACUCGAGCCUUAAAGGGAUGAUAAGCGGCUUAUCACUUUCUGCAGUGGUUGAGGAUCUUGCCGUGCUCUAUCUUGCAACUGUCCAGGCCAUUGCUCAUGGCACAAGACACAUCAUAUCAUCUAUGGAUACUGCUGGUCAUUGUAUAUCAACUUUGUAUGCGUGUGGCGGACUCAGCAAAAACCCUCUGUUUGUGCAGACCCAUGCUGAUGUCACAGGUUUGCCGAUUGUCCUUCCCAAGGAGAGCGAGUCGGUUCUCAUCGGAGCAUCCAUUCUGGGCGCCCGGGCUUCAGGACUGUACCCUACUGUCCAGGAUGCAAUGCACGCGAUGUGCAAGGCCGGUGACGUCAUCCAGCCCGACGCCAGAGUGAAACAGUUUCACGACAACAAACAUAGGGUCUUUCUGCGAAUGGUCGAACAUCAGAGGGAGUACAGGCAAAUCAUGCAACAGCCACAGUAAAUUUGAACACAGUUUUAAUUCAUUUUUAAAUUCCUUAAUAAUUCGCUUAAUUAUAUGCCAACAAACAGCAGGAAAUUCGUAAUUAAAAUAAGUCAUCAAGAAUUAAAAACUCUUCAAAAUUUUAAUAUUUGCUUAUCCUUAUAUCCACCGUAAUGAGUUCAGUUUCUCACAUAUUUACGAAUAUUGUAUAUAUUUUUUUAAAACAUCUCAAUCUUGUGUACAUAUUUAAAUAAGACAACUCUGCAGACAUUGCACUUUAAAAAUAAAAUGGAAAAGUUUUUGGCAAACUUUCAAUAAAUACAAACAUUAAAUGAUGUUAGUGAAGAUAAUGAGACAAGUAUUGAUUUCCAAACAGAAAAAAAAUCUGAAAGAAACUUAAAUAACUCAAAUAUUACAAAAUAGAAUUCAAUCAGCGUAUAUGCAUGCAACAGCUGUCAGAAUCAGAUUGUUUUUUGGCGUUAAAUUUAUUUUUUUUAAAGUUAUUGCCAACUUAAUAACGAUAAUUACCAUUUAAAAACAGUAAUAAUAUGAAUAAAUGAGAGGUUUGCGGUAACACCA